AUGGCCGCCAACGACAAGGACAUGGCAUCAUCAUCCUCGAUGCCAUCCCCUGACGACGAAUACAUCAAUUGGGACCUCUUGAAGGUGGAGACGGAGGAGGAGUAUGAGAAGGAGAAAGCAAUUGCCAAUGACAAGGCGAUCACUCACGGCGUCCAUGAGACGGAACUCAUCAGCAAAGCCGAGGGAAUGGCGGAUUCCAUUGUCAGUGACAAGGUCAUCUCACACCUCUUGGUGGAGGAGGUGGAGAUGGGCGGCGAAUCCAACACUAACGACGGUGAGAAGGAGGAGGAGGAGGAUGAGGAGAUGGGUAGCGACUCUGACACCGAUGAGGAGAAGGAGGAGGAGAUGGGCGGCAACUCCGACAUGACUAAUGAUGAUGAGGAGGAGGAGGAUGAGAAGAUGGACAGAUAA